AUGCCUCGGCUUGCCCUCAUCUCCUUGGUAUUAGCCUGCAGCACCUCAAUCAAUGCAGCGGUCCUCAACACUCGUCAGAGCGACAGCAAUGGGACCUCGAGCGUGACGAUUACACAGAAAGAUGCCAACCCAGCUGCCCGAAAGAAAGAGGUGGCAUAUCGCCAUGACAACUUCUUAUACAACGUAUCCCAGAUCGGGAACGCAGCAGCCUUCCCUAUGGGAAAAAUUGGAGAGGAGCGUGUGUCACUAGCUUGGGAUCAGUGGCAGGAUGACCGCAACAUCAUCACCGCCGACAUUCAGAAGGAUGUGGCGCAAAUCAAGCAGGCAAUCAUUGCAAACAAUGGCACGCUAAGAUCCCUCGACGACUACACAACAGUCCUGUACAAGGACCAGUGGCUGAACGCCUCACCGCUAAAGCCUGCUCUUGGGUCCUUGACCAACUACACCCUCGACUCCUUCUUCGGUGGAGAGCGCCUAGUGCGCCCCUACUCGCUCUACAAGGCGACUCAUGAGGACGCUAAGCUCAUCGAUAUUUCUGAUGACGAGGCGAAGAAGAUUGCAGGAGCAACAGUGGCAGCGCUGCUUGAGGCAGGUCGUCUCUUUGCCGUUGAUCACAGCUACCAAGCCGAUAAGUCCACAUACGUGCCUUCCCAGUUUAACGAUAAGUACGGAGCCCCUGCUUCGGCACUCUUUUUUCUGGACGAGAAGAGCGACUUGCUCCCGCUGGGCAUUCGCACGAACGUCGGCGCGAACCUCACGUACACACCCCUUGAUUCUGACAACGACUGGCUUCUUGCCAAGAUCAUGUUUAAUGUAGCCGAUCAGUUCCAUAAUCAAAUCUAUCAUCUCACUGCUACGCACAACGUGGGAGAAGCAUUACAUGAGGCUGCGAUGCGCACGAUGAGCGACAAGCAUCCUAUAAUGGCAGUGCUCGACCGGUUGAACUACCAGGCAUACUCUGCCCGACCCGUCGGCGAGGCGCUCUGCUUUAACCCAAUGGGCCACUGGGACGAAAACUUUCACAUCAGCCAGAUCGGCUGCCGCAACUUCGUCACCAAGAAUUGGCCCACUUACGGCGCGUUCGAGCCCAACUACUUGCAGACCGACUUCCAAGCCCGCGGCCUUGUCGACCAGUCCGGGAAGUCUCCCUUUAAGCACUUCCCCUUCUGGGACGAUGCAUCUGAGAUCGUGCGAAUUCAACGAGAGUUCUUCACAUCUUUCGUCGACACGUACUACUCGUCCGAUGCUGAUGUCGCUGCCGAUCAUGAAGUCUGCGCCUGGUUCAAGGAAGUCCGCCGUGGCCCAACGGGCCCGGAGGUAGAAGCCCAGGGCCUAAUUCCUGUGCAGUCGUUUCCAGUGGACAAGACGAAAAAGGUUCUCGUUGACAUCCUAACUCACAAUGCAUGGUUGCAAGUAGCGCACCACUCACUCAAUGCGGGCGACCCUGUGCGCUCCUCCCUGACCCUGCCGUUUCACCCCGGCGGUCUGUACAAGCCUGUGCCUGAAGCCAAGGGAGUCGAUUCAAUUGUCGCCUUCCUGCCCAAUGCUACUGCUUCAGUCACGUACAUUGGCUUUCUCGCGAGCUUCAACCGCCCGCGCUACCGAACGAUGGACCCGCCACGCACACUUGCACAUGCAUACUCUGGACCGGACUUCCUGGCACGAUUCGCCGAGAAGGAGAUCAAGGAGGCCGCGGAUAAGUAUUUGGAGGCGAUGAGCGCACUGGGUGCAAAGAAUGAGGCGCGCAAGAUCGAGGAAGAUGGCAUGUGCACUGAGCAGGGCAUUCCGUUCUGUUGGACGGCGCUCAACCCGUCGUACAUCCCGUGGUUCUUCUCGGUAUGA